AUGAGUCAUUGCACGUCUGCGCGCUCGUUCAGUGCGACGGUCUCAACCUCGCCGAUCAGCGCGUCCAGAACCCCACCAAACUUGCCGAACAGUGCCAUUAGUUCCUCUGUCAUGGCGCUCUUGUCGCCAAACUCGAGCAUUCCGGCUCCCACGUCCAGACUCAGCCCGCCCAGCCGGCUGUUGAGACUCACGCGGUCCACGGGCUCGUCCUCUGUGCGCACAGGCUCCUCGAAAUACCCCGGCUGUCGUGGAGAGAUCACAGAGUCUGACCUGUCGCGCUCGGGCGUGGCUCCCAGCUCCAGAUGGGCCUUCUCCGUGACGGGCGUCAUGGCUAGCGGCAGGUUCGAGGCCAGGUUGAUGUUCACGCCAAACUGGUUCAUGGUGUCUGGCGACGCGGCUGCCAGCUUCUCGUCGAGCGCCUGUGUAUGCAGCAUCGGUACAGGCAUCUGCAACCGGAUCUGCGACCGUGCACGUGACAGCGACCCUGCCUCCGGCUUCAUCUCCUGGUACUCUGCGUUGCUCAAUGGGGGAGCAGUUUGCGGCCCAGAGGGGAUCCCUGUGGUUGGCAGCUUGCUGUUGAUUGGCUGCAAUAGCGGCUGUUGCGAGCCUGACGACGGCAGCGGCUUCAUGUGCGGCAACGAGGGAGGACCCAGACGUUGCGGCGAAGGCACCAGUCCAGGCUCCUUGAACCGCUGCGGAGACGGCGUGCGGUUGCCCAGCAUGUGCAGGCCGGUGCUCGAGGUGUUUUCCCGGUGCACAUUGGCCUCCUCGAGCUGA